AUGAAAUUCUUCAUCUGUACAUCCGCCUUUCAAAGUCAAGUGGCCGAUCUGUUGCCCUGUAACAAUGGACAGAAGUCUCAAUUGAUCUACACUUUGUUACGUUCAUACAAGUUACUCGAACAUUUCAAUGAUGUCAUAGGAACAUCGCUUGCAGGUAUCGAAGAUAUGAAAAGGUUUCACUCUGAGAAAUACUUGAAACUCAUACUGAAUCAGGACUACUCAAUUGAUGAUCAAGAUUCGAACCCUGUGCUACAACUGGCAGAUAUUGCUAGAAGAUUUUACCAGAAUUCAGGAACCGAUGUCGAAGAACACUGGUUUGACAACGAGCACGAUUUGUACAGGUACUACGCCGCCUCAUUUGUAGGGGAAUCAGACGAGGAUUCAAAAGAAGAAUACUUAGAAGAAGUGGACUCAGAGCUACUUGAAAAAUAUGGACUUCAGCAUGACUGUCCCUUAUUCCCGUAUCUGUCAAUGUAUGUCCAGGUCAUCACUGGCGCCACAUUAUCUUUAUUACAAUUCACACAACGAGAGGUACCGUCAAUUGCUAUUAAUUGGGAUGGAGGACGACAUCAUGCUCUGAAGGAAUAUGCCAGUGGUUUUUGUUACGUGAACGAUAUUGUGCUGCUAAUACAGAGUUUACGAAGGAAAGGUUGGAAUAAAGUCACUUACGUUGAUUUUGAUCUACACCAUGGAGAUGGUGUCGCGAAGGCACUACAAUUCUCCAAGAACAUCCAAACAAUAUCUGUGCAUCUUUACGAGUCGGGAUUUUUCCCGGGGACAGGCUCACUAAACGAAACACGGAAUGCCAAGGAGAUGGUUAAUGUUCCGGUAUUACAUGGGAUGGACGACGAAUACCUGAAAGAGUUGAUGUGCAAAAUAGUGAACCCACUGGUGGAAUCAUUCGAUGCGGAUUGUAUUGUGAUACAAUGCGGUGCAGAUGGACUUGGCGGGGAUAAAUACAAUGAAUGGCAAUUGACCAUCGGUGGCCUGACGCAGGCUAUAAUUUCGGUGAUGAGAUUGUUCAAACAUAAGCAGAUAUUCCUACUUGGAGGUGGCGGUUACAAUCCGCUGCUCGUGGCAAGAUUUUACACAUUUUUAACAGCCAAAGUUCUUGAAACCUUUGGAGAUAUACCAUGUGCAAUUGAUGAAAAUGACGAGGAUUUACUAAUAAGAGAUCAUGAAUUCAUUGAACUAUAUGAAAAGGAAAACUAUAGAUAUUGGUCGUACGAUAAUGAGGGUGAACUUAAGAGGGGAUUAAGAAAUGACAACAAAAAAAGUUAUGUACAAGAAUUGAAAGAAUUCUAUCACUUGUGA